AUGACUUCCACAAUCGGUAUCCCCAUCAAGCUCCUGAACGAGGCGCAGGGCCACAUCGUUACCCUCGAAAUCACCUCUGGCCAGACCUACCGUGGCAAGCUCCUCGACGCUGAGGAUAACAUGAACGUCCAACUCAAGGACAUCACCGUCACCGCCCGCGAUGGUCGCGUCUCGCAUCUCGAUCAAGUCUACAUCCGUGGCUCCCACGUGCGCUUCUUCAUUGUCCCCGACAUGCUUCGCAACGCCCCCAUGUUCCGCAGCCGCAACGUCCGCGGUCGUGGUGUCGGUCUUGCCAGAGGUCGCGCGACCGUUAGCCGAGCGCGUGCAGGCGGACGAGGAGGACGAUAG